UAGUGACCACCAAGAAAUAUCGAUAUCAAGAUGAAGAGUCCCCGCCCCCUGAGCACAGUCCCGCCCAUAUAACAUCUGGAAAGAGUGGUGAGAUUUUGCACCUGAGCGACGCAAGCCACGCCCCUAUGGAUGGGCUCCAUGGUUACCCACCUCACACACAUAUAUCACCUGCAAAGCCUGUAUUACUGCCCAGCAGCCACGCCCCGUACUACGCCACCUCCACCCUGAUGAACGGAUUAAGUGGAGAUGUAGAGUAUGAGGAGAUCACGUUAGAGAGGGGGAACUCUGGUCUGGGGUUCAGUAUAGCAGGCGGUACAGAUAAUCCGCAUGUAGGAGAUGAUCCAAGCAUCUUUAUUACCAAAAUCAUACCAGGAGGAGCAGCAGCUCAGGAUGGACGACUGAGGGUGAAUGACAGUAUCCUGUUCGUUAACGAUGCUGAUGUGCGUGAGGUCACUCACAGUGAGGCAGUGGAGGUGCUGAAGGAGGCGGGGCCAAUCGUACGGCUUUACAUCCUCCGUAGGAAACACAUCGAGAUCAAACUCAUCAAGGGCCCCAAAGGGCUGGGGUUCAGUAUAGCAGGUGGAGUGGGUAAUCAGCAUGUUCCUGGAGAUAACAGCAUCUAUGUGACUAAGAUCAUUGAGGGCGGAGCGGCGCAUAAGGACGGGCGUCUGCAGAUCGGAGACAGGAUCCUGGCCGUGAAUAAUGUGAGUUUGGAGGAUGUGAUGCAUGAGGACGCUGUAGCGGCGCUGAAGAACACGGCAGAGGUUGUUUUUCUCAGAGUGAGCAAAGCUUCCAACCUGUACACUCAGGACUCUUACAACCCUCCCGAUAUCACCAGCUCGUACUCUGCUCAUAUGGAUGAGAUGAGUCAUGGUUAUCUAUCAGAUUACCCACAAACCCUCACUCCCACGUCUCCACGACGCUACUCACCAAUCCCCAAGGGCAUGAUGCUGGGAGAUGAGGACAUCCCCAGGGAGCCAAGGCGUGUGAUGAUCCAUCGUGGUUUGUCAGGUUUAGGCUUUAACAUAGUGGGAGGUGAAGAUGGUGAGGGAAUCUUCAUCUCCUUUAUCCUCGCUGGAGGUCCUGCAGACCUGAGCGGAGAACUGCGCAAAGGAGACCAGAUACUAAGUGUGAAUGGUGUGGAUUUAAGACAUGCAACUCAUGAGCAGGCUGCAGCAGCACUGAAGAACGCUGGACAAACUGUCACCAUUAUCGCCCAGUACAGACCCGAGGAGUACAGUCGAUUUGAAGCUAAAAUCCAUGACUUGCGUGAGCAGCUGAUGAACAGCAGUUUGGGUUCCUCGUCACUGCGGACCAGUAAGAGAAGUUUUUUCAUCAGAGCUCUGUUUGAUUACGAUAAGACGGCGGACGGUGGCUUCCUCACUCAGGCUGUGAGUUUCCGCUUCGGUGACAUUCUUCAUGUUCUCGACUGCAGUGAUGAGGAGUGGUGGCAGGCGAGACGUCUCUCUCCACAUGGAGACCUGGAGGAGACCGGCUACAUCCCCAGCAAACGCAGAGUUGAGAGGAAGGAGUGGUCACGCCUCAGGUCAAAAGGUCGAGAUGAAUACAUUCAGAGUUAUGAAAUUGUUGUACAGGUGGAGGUGCAUUACGCUCGUCCAAUCAUAAUUCUCGGACCAUCCAAGGACCGCGUGAACGACGAUCUCCUCUCCGAAUUUCCAGACAAGUUCGGCUCCUGCGUGCCUCAUACAACGCGGCCACGGCGGGAUUACGAGGCUGAUGGGCGGGACUAUCACUUUGUGUCGUCACGGGAACAGAUGGAGAAGGACAUCCAGAGUCACCGGUUUAUUGAGGCAGGAGAAUACAACAGUCACCUGUAUGGGACGAGCGUACAGAGUGUACGGGAGGUGGCUGAACAGGGGAAACACUGUAUCCUGGAUGUAUCUGCUAACGCAGUGAGGAGACUACAGGCAGCUCAGCUUCACCCCAUCUCCAUCUUCAUCAGACCCACAUCACUGCAAAACAUACUUGAGAUUAAUAAGCGUCUGACUGAGGAACAGGCGAGAAGAGCUUUGGAUCGAGCCAUCAAACUGGAACAGGAUUUUAUUGAGUGCUUCACAGCGAUUGUGGAGGGUGACAGCUUCGAAGAAAUUUACCAUCGUGUCAAAUCUGUGAUUGAAGAGCAGUCAGGACCGUACAUCUGGAUACCAGCAAGAGAGAGACUGUAAAACACACACACACACACACACACACACACACACACACACACACACACGGGAGAGGGGAAAAACAGCUCAUCAACAUCCUACAGAAACAAUUAUAAACCUUCUCCCUCGCUCUCUCUCCCAUCGUCCAAUCACAGCGCAGAGUGAACAGAUAUGAUCCUACUGUAUCAAACACACACACACACACACACACACACA